AUGUCCCAUGACACUGUGGUGGAUUUCAUCAGAAGCGCCCGAUCUGGACCAAGUGGCGGCGAGCUCGUGCUCACAAUCAAACCCAAUGUAUACCGCCUCGGCGAAGAAGUGGAUGAACCGGAAGGUGCCGCACUGCCGGAACAGAUGCGAGUGGCUGAGAGUGUGCCACGAAGCGACAAACUCUCACAUUCCCUUCGGCUGCUCAGUGACGCUCUGGCUACUGGUAGAAUAGUCUCGCAAUUUGAGCAACUUUACCGGAAGAAACCGGGUAUGACGAUGAAUGACUGCCGAUUAACGUCGAAUCUCAAUAAAAAUAGGUACCGAGAUGUUUGCCCUUAUGAUGCCACAAGGGUACGAUUGAACUCCUCCCCAAAUGGCGACUACAUAAACGCUAAUUACGUUAAUAUGGAAAUCCCGUCAUCAGGUAUUGUAAAUCGCUACAUCGCCUGUCAGGGGCCAUUGGCACACACCUCGGCCGACCACUGGCUGAUGGUAUGGGAGCAGCUGUGUACACAUAUCGUCAUGCUUACCACCACUAUCGAACGAGGUCGAGCGAAAUGCCACCAGUACUGGCCGAGGUUACACGAAAGUCACGAGUACGGUCGUCUAUUGGUGACCUGCAUCCGUGAUCGUGAGACACCGAACUGCUCCUAUCGCGAGUUCUCCGUCCGGGAUCGCACGUCGAAAGAAGAACGACGUGUGACUCAAAUGCAGUACACUGCAUGGCCGGAUCAUGGUGUUCCCGAUGAUCCCCAACAUUUCAUCUCAUUCGUUGAUGAGGUUCGUCGUGCUCGUGCAGGCAGUGUCGAUCCGAUUGUCGUGCACUGUUCGGCAGGAAUCGGUCGUACUGGAGUGUUGAUUCUGAUGGAAACGGCUGCAUGUCUUGUAGAAGCAAACGAGCCAGUCUAUCCACUCGACAUCGUACGGGUAAUGAGGGAUCAGCGGGCGAUGGCCAUUCAAACAGCGGUCAGUUUUACUCGUUUCUGUAAUGAGAACUGUUAG